UCCUGUCAUGGAAUCAACAUCACACACGUUUAGCUCAUUGCAGGGCUAAACAAUAAAUGUUUGCAACCUCACAAACUGCACACAACUGUUGUAUAGAACACUAGAAGUGUUUCCUUGCUGACCUAGUAGGGGGGAACUUCCUGCACAUGGUGCUGAACUGUUGGUGAGACAAAACUGUGUAAUUGUGACAUCCUACCCUUAAGAGUGAGAUGUCACAGUGGUGGGACACUAAGUCCUAGCAGGUGCAAGUUCUCUCUCACAUCUGAAGAUAGUAGUUCUAGUAGAAUCCUGAAUAAUGAGUUGGAAUGUACCUGGGCAGCACCCAUGCCUGUAGUGUCUGCUCUGUGGAAUUUAUUUAAACCCGUUUUCAUCACAGCUCUGUAGUGCCUGAGUGGUAACACUGGUUGGAUUCCUGGCCUUAUCCCACUGUCUCUUGGGGUGAAGAUCUUCACAUCACUUUCACAGCUAAGGUUUCAGCACAGCAAACUGACGUGUGGGAGGAAGCUAUGGCAUCAAAGGAGCCUGCCUCCUUCGUGGACCGGACCACCUGGGAGCUCCUCAACCUGCUGGACAUGCUGGGAAGGCGGAAUGGACGGGUGGGAGUGAUGGAGGUGGACGAUGCCGAAUCAAGAGCCCCCUCAUUGCUGGUGGACUUUACCCGGGACCUGUGUGGCACAGGUGACAUCAAACAUAAGCCACAGCAGACAGGGAGUGAGGGAAAGGAAGAGGAGGAUGUGAUCCCGCCGCAUCUGAUCUUUAUGCUGUGGCAAGCCAGUGUGUUGAAGAGGCUCAUGCAGUGGGAUCACUUGGAGGAGGCCAUCCGGGAUGUGAGGAACCUCCUCCCUUGCCUACCGGAUGUGCUGGUGCUUGUGAUGAUCCGUCCAGACCGCCAGGAGCAGCUGGACCAGGCAGUGAGAGCACUGAGGAGAAUGCAGUGUGUGCUGGAUGGGGCUCUGCAACUGCCCGUGGAGACAGCGAUCUACAGCCCAGGCCAGCCUGGAAGUGUCCUGGAGGCAAAGAGAGCUGCCUGUAGAGCACUGAGAGAAGCCUUGAACUGCCAUGAAGAAGUCGACUCCCAGGAGCCAUUUAUUAUUUCGCUCCCGGAGCUCAGAUACUGCCGUGUUCUGCCUGAACGUAGGCAAGACAAGGUAUCAAAGACAGAUGGAGAAUGAAUUCCCUUGGGAAGCAGAACCUGUCAGAUCUUUUCUUGCCCUAAGGUCUUCAUUAUCAUCAAAAGAAGGAUUAAAAGCCUGAUAUUUAUCUCA